AAUCAAGAAUUUUCAGAAACAAUUUAGGUUAUUGUUAUAUUAUAAGCAAUAUAUUUAAUUUGAAUCUAAAGAGAAAUUGUUUAUUAAUAUGUUAAAACUUAGAAAAAUUAUUACAAAAUUACAAACAUGUUCAUAUCAAGGAUUAACAUAUUGUACAAAGACUAUUAUGGAAAAAAUCAAUCCAAUUAUUUCUAAGAAAAAUUAUUCAGAUGAAAAUUAUUUUUAUCAAAAACCACGAGAAGUGUGGUUAGAAAAUUUAGAUACUAUUCAAAGAAAAAAGUUGGGACUUAUGAUCUUACACCCUGAUGUUUAUGGUGCAGCUCCUAGGAUAGAUAUAAUACAUCAAAAUGUGCAAUGGCAAAAAAUGUAUCGUUUCGUGUCUUAUGCACAUACAAAAGUGCGUUCAGAAGUAAGAGGUGGUGGCAAAAAACCUUGGCGACAAAAAGGAUUAGGCCGUGCACGUCAUGGAAGUAUACGUUCUCCAUUAUGGAGAGGUGGUGGUAUUAUACAUGGACCUAGAUCUCCUACAACUCACUUCUAUAUGUUGCCCUUUUAUAGUCGUGUUAAUGGACUUACAUCUACAUUAUCUAUUAAAUUAGCUCAAGAUGAUUUAUAUAUUAUUAAAGAUUUAGAAAUACCAUCAAAUGAACCAUCAUAUAUUGAAAAAUUAAUAGAAGAAAGACAUUGGGGUCCUUCUGUACUGUUUGUUGAUACUGAUGAUAUCAUGCCAAUAAACAUUACAGAAGCUACAGACACAAUAAAACAUAUAAAUUUAAUGCCUGUAUAUGGAUUAAAUGUCUAUAGUAUGUUAAAACAUGAUACUUUAGUUCUCACUGAAAGAGCUGCACGUUUAAUUGAAGAUAAAAUAUUAUAUCAUUUGCACAGACCAGAUUCUCGUAAAAUAAUGGCAAAAUUUAAACUUAAUCAAUAAUAAAAAUUGAAAAAUACAGAAGAAAUAUAUUUAUUAUUUAUAAAAAUUUAUCUAUUUUGUAUAACAAUAUAUGAUAUCUUAUAACAAUCUUAAUUAUAUCAAAAUUAUUUUCAUUAAUUUAUUUGUCAUGAGGUAAAAUUCACAUUCUAAUUACAAAUAAAAGUCAUUUCCUCU